UUCCUGGUUAUCUCUACCCGUAACACUCCUCCUAAUAAGUGGAGCACAAUGUGCCAAAAUCCUAGGCGUUUUUCCCAUGGCAGCCCCAAGUCACUACAUCCUAGGCAACAACCUGAUGAGAGGACUCGCAGAAAAAGGGCACGACGUGACUGUUAUAAGUCCCUUCACUGAGAAAAAUCCACCCAAGAAUGGUUCAUACAGAGACAUUGUCCUUAAGGGCUUUAAAGAAGAGCACGAAGAUCGAAUGAAAACACUGAAUGUGUUUGACAUGGGUGAAGCGAGUAUGCUCCUCAUGGGACCAUUUUUUGCUACAAUGAUGGUAGACCUGGCGGAACGUACCCUAAGUCAACCAAAUGUGCAAGAACUGAUCUACUCUGAUGAAAAAUUCGAUGUUGUUAUAGUCGAGCAGUUCAUGAACGAAGCCCACAAGGGAUUUGCCAAACAUUUUAAUGCUCCUUUGAUAGUUUUUAGUACCAUUGGAGCGAGUUCUUGGGUUAAUCCCCUAGUUGGUAACCCCACAGCGGUGUCUUAUGCUUCCGAGCCCCUGCGAGGGUUUCCUACUAAUAUGACGUUGUACGAGAGGUACCUUAAUGCGUUCACGUACAGCUACUUUCAACUGAUAAAUUAUGUAUAUGCUUUCCCACAACAAGACAAACUAUUGAAGAAGUACUUCCCCAACAACAUGAAUCUUACUGAUGUCAUGUACAACGUAUCAUUGGUACUGUUGAACUCCCACCCAAGUACCAACCUCGCCGUUCCCUAUGUUCCAAACAUGAUCGACAUUGGAGGUUUUCAUGUCAAGCCACCAAAGAAACUCCCAGAUGACUUAAAACAGUUCCUUGACAAUUCGAAAGAAGGAGUUAUUUAUUUUAGUUUGGGCUCAAACGUGAAGAGCGUUUUCCUACCAGAACAGAAACGAGAGGCGAUUUUGAACGCCUUUUCUAAACUCAAACUAAAAGUCUUGUGGAAGUGGGAGGACGACGUUCUACCUGGACAACCACCGAAUGUGCGUUUGGGGAAAUGGUUACCACAACAAGACGUUCUAGCUCAUCCCAACGUAAAGCUUUUCAUCACCCAUGGCGGUCUGCUCAGUACCAUCGAAACCAUUUACCAUGGAGUCCCGGUUUUGGCAAUCCCUAUAGCCGCUGACCAAAAUUUGAACGCCGAACGAAUAGUGAAUCAAGGUUUUGGGCUAAAGUUGAGGUUUGCGGAUCUUACAGAGGAGCUUCUGCUUCAAACGAUUAACGAAUUGUUGACGAAUUCGAAGUAUGCUACAAAUGCGAAAAAAAGGUCUGAAGUUUUCCAUGACCGGAUGGCGAAACCUCUUGACACUGCAGUGUAUUGGGUUGAGUACGUCAUACGACAUGGAGGAGCUCCGCACUUGCGGAUAGCCGGGAUUGAUCUAUCUUGGUAUCAGUAUUUCCUGUUGGACGUUAUCUUGAUUUUUUCAGUGACGAGUGUGAUUGUGUUGUAUAUUAGUUUGAAACUGAUUAAGAGAUUGGUGUCUAGUUGUUGUAGAAGUAAAAAACAAAAAAUAAAAACUAACUAAAAAUAAA